CUUCGGCCAAAACAGGUGCAGACACUCGUCAAACGAGGCAUACCUGAGGCCCUGCGGGGAGAGGUGUGGCAACUGUUGGCCGGCUGUCAGGAUGAGGUGACUCUCAUGGAACAGUACAGAGCGCUCAUUAAUCGGGAGUCGCCGUACGAGAAGUACAUCGAAAGGGAUAUCAACCGUACGUUUCCCGCACACGAGUUCUUCAAAGAGAGCGGAUCUCUAGGUCAGGACUCGUUAUUCAAGUUAUGCAAAGCGUAUUCAAACUAUGACACGGAGAUCGGCUACUGUCAGGGCCUGUCGUUUCUGAUCGCAUCGCUUCUCCUCCAUAUGCCCGAAGAGCAGGCGUUUUGUGUUUUGGUUAAGAUUAUGAAUGAAUACGGACUCAGGAAUCUGUUCCGCAAUGGUUUCGAAGAAUUGCAGCUU